AGCCUAGGGACAGCACGGCACGAUCACAUCCCACAGCCCCUGCUCGUUGCGUCUCAUCACCAGCCCCGAAUCUCUCCUUCAGUGACCACCAGCCCCGCUCUCCCCCAAUCUCCAUCGCACUCCGCGCCUUGUCCUGCCUCUGCCUGCCUUACCUCACCUGCCGCCCGCCGCCGUCUCGCGCUGCCCUCCCUCCCCGCACCCGCUUGCCGCUCCAAUCGCUGCUGCCAAUCGUCCCAGGAGGGCAGUCGACGUCCGCGUUUCCUCCAACUCAACGCCACGUGGCAAUCUUAUGAAAUCGCAUGGCAGGCUAGAGACGUCGCAUGGCAUCGCAUAGCAUGAUGGCGACGUCGCAUGACGCCGCCGCUGCUGGCGCUGCUCCUGGUCAAGCCUCUCCGCCUGCCGUCCCCCCUGCUGGCUCGAAUUCCCCCCUGCAGUCCUCCCACACGGGCACUAUUGCUGCCGCUGGCCGCACUCUCUCCCCCCCGCUCCCCGUGCGCCAUUCCGCCCCCCACCAUGCGCGCCACCCCCCUCCGUUUUCCCUUCCCCAGCUCUCCCGCGCUUCCUCCUCCGUCUCCUCGUCUCUCCCCCUCUCCGCCCUCUCCUCCCCCGCGUCCUCCGCGCUCCGCCUGCCCUCCAUCCCCUCGCUCCAGUCCCUGCACUCGCUCCGCUCCCUCUCCUCCCUCUCCUCCGCGCACGGCAUCUCCGCGCACUGCCCCUGCGCGGACUGCGCAGAGGGCAGGGCAACGGCGGGCACGCGCAGCCCGUCGGACGGCGGGGAGGUGCGGUGGUACUUCAGCAAGGGGCAUUUCGCCAAGGGCGCGGUGGCAGCAGCAGUGCCGCACGCCAUAGUGGCCUCCUCAUCCGACUUCCUGCGCUUCAGCGCGCGCGACUCACAUGCCCUCGAGACCGCCUUCCAGCAGCGGGAGGAGGAGCUGCUCACGUUGUGGUGGAAGGAGUAUGCCGACGCCGCUGUGGGGCCUGCGCCAGGUGGCGUGCUGCCAUUGGCUCGGCGCGUGGCCCCUCUGCUGUCGUCCGAUCGCAUGCGGCCCUGGCAGAUCGCCGCUCCCCUGAGGAACAAGCGGCGCAGGCGAGGGGGGUGGGGUCGAGGGGGGGAGAGGGAGAGGCAGAGAGAGAUGGAGAAGGAGAGGGAGCAGGAGGAGGAGCGUGAACUGGCCAAGGCGAGGAUGAGGGAGCGGAAGAGGCAGGAGAAGAGGCGGCAGGAGAGGGAGCUCGAGAGGGGCGAUGGCAUGUGGGUGGGAGUGGAGGAGGAGGAUGACGUAAGAGAGGAAGCAGAGGAGGGGGGGGAGAGGAAGGGUGCGAAAGGGAGAGAAGAUGGUGAGGGGGAAGCGUGGGGAGGCUGCAAGGCGAACGAUGAAGAGGGGCUUGGGGGGGAAGAAGGAGAGGGCGAGGAAGGAGCGGAGGAAAGCGAGGGGGAGAGUGAGGAAGACGACGAGGAGCCCAUGGGGGUGUCAGUCAAGGGGGGUCUCUAUGAGGUGGACCUCCCCCGCCGCCGCUCGUACGCAGUGUACUGGGAGGGCGAGGACCGCCGGGUGCUCAGGGGGCUGUGGUUCGGCAAGCGGGCGGCACAGCUGACGUGGCAGCCUCUGAGGGAGGACGUGGCAGAGCAGCUGGAGGAGGCGUACAGGAAGAGGGUGUGGCGGCGGCGCUGGUUCCAACCGUCAGGGCUGUACGCCGCUAGAGUACCCAUUGCAGGGGCAGGCGAGGGCGUGAGUGCGCUGUUCACAGGCGAGGACAGCAGCUGGCAGGCGCAGCUGUGGGUGGAGGGGUCGCUGCUCUUCUCCUCGCCGCUGCACGCCAUGGCGCUCCGCAGGGGCUUCCUGCCCGCCCAACGCACUGCCGCCGUACAGGAGGACGAGCAGCAGGUGAAGGAGGAGGAGCUCGAUGACUACUGCUCCCUGGUGCCGGUGCAGCACGUGGUGUUCAUGGUGCACGGUGUCGGGCAGCGCCUGGAGUCGGCGCACCUGGUGGACGACGUCACGGCGUUCCGCCACAACGCCGUGGCACUCAGCCACUCGCACCUCACCGCCUUCCAGCGCCACCACCACCGCUGCCUCUUCAUCCCCUGCCAGUGGCGGCGGGGCAUGGCGCUGGCGUCGGAGGCGGUGGUGGAGGGCAUCACGCUGGAGGGCGUGCGGGCGCUGAGGGACACCGUCAGCGCCACCGUGCACGACGUGCUGUACUACAUGAGCCCCGCCUACUGCCAGACCAUCAUCCACUCCCUGACGUCGUCGCUGAACCGGCUCUACCGCAAGUUCAAGCGGCGCAACCCGGGGUUCAGCGGGCGCGUGUCGGUGUUCGGGCACUCCCUGGGCUCCGUGCUGCUCCACGACAUCCUCUGCCACCAGCCCCCGCUCGCCCCGCCCCUGCCGCCGCUGCUGCCCCAUGCCACUGACCUGGGACGGGCCAGUGGGGAGAAUGAGGACGCAGGGAGAUGGAAGGAUGUAGAGGAUUGGAAUGCGGCUGAGGCUGCAGAGAUAGGUGGUGAGGGUCCUGAUGUAUUAUCUAAUGCCCCUGAAGAUGCGUCUGUUGUUUCACCUGAUGUUGUACCUGAGUUUGUAUCUGAUAUUGCACCGGCACCUGUGGCUGUGGCUGAAGCAGAUGCGACACGUGAAGCACUUGUACCCACUGCUGUAUGCGGGUGUGACUCUGACCUCUCGCCUGGCGCCAGCAGGGCCAAGCACAACAUGCCUGAACGUGCUGCUGAGAGCAGGGGCGGUGAUGGCCGCAGAAACGGUGGUGAUGGGCGCAGCAACGGUGGUGAUGGGCGCAGCAACGGUGGUGAUGGGCGCAGCAGGGCUGGGGAUGGGCGCACGGUGGUGGGGGGUGAGGGGCAGGCAAGUGAAGUGAUGGGAGAAGGCGGGCAGGGGGAGGGGCGGGAAGCGGCAGGGAGGGGGGAAGGUGAGGCUGGCUGGGAGGAGCGGCGGAUGGGGCAAGAGGGGGGAGGGAGAGGGGAGAGGAGGGCGGAGGGAGGGGGCAAGGGUGAUUGGCCGGCAGUAGCAGCGGGGGCAAGGGGGGAGGAAGACGAAACAGCUGAGGCCCUGAGACGCAAGCUGUGCGAGCUCCAGAGGGAGGUCGAGGCGUGGCGCUCCGUCUUCCACCGCCUCUCCUCGCUGCCCCACGUGCCUCUCACUGGCGUCUCCCCCUCCCUAUCCUGCAUGCCACACUCUGCUGCCACGCACCACCAUGCCUCCCUCGCCCAUCCACCACCACCUCCUCCCACGGCCGCUCAACCCCAGCAACCCCAGCAACCCCUUGCUGCCUCCAACCCCCUCCUCGCUCUGCCACCUGUCCCUCCCAUCCUCCUCCUCUCCGCACCAUCACCACCAUCACCAUCACCACCACCACCACCACCACCACCACCACCACCACCACCACCAUCGUGCUGCCACCCCUCUGCCCCACACACCACCUGCCCCGCCACACCGGCCGUGCUGUCCGCCUCAGCGCCUCUGCCGGCUGCCCCUCUCCCCUGCCCCAUCGGUGGGCCCUCUAUGCGCCCUGAGCCUCGUGCUAGAGCCAGUUUCCUUGGUGCGGCUCCGGCCCUUGGUGCAUGCGUGGUGAGCCCUGGUGACGCUCAGCGCAGGGAGGGGGCUGAGGGGAGCACAGGCAGCGGGGGGGAGGGGGGAGAUGGGAGGGCAGGAGGACCAGGAGGUGAAUCGAGGGAUGGGAAGGAUGUGGGAAUGGGGCCAUGCGGAGGGGAGGGGCGAGGGGGCAGGAAAAGGAGGGGUGGUCGAGCAAAGAAGGGCGAUGGGAGUAGUGGUGGUGGGGGAGCGGCGGGUGUGACAAUAAGGGAAGUGGGUGCAGUGGAGGAAGCAAUGGGGAGGGGGAAGAGCAAGGAGAGGAGGGGGAAGAGCAAGGAGAGGAGGGGAUGGGAGGUGGUUGAGGCGAGGAGGCAGAGGAGGAGGAGGAGGCUCGAGGAGAAGGAGAAGGUCGUUGCUGCUGCUGCCGAUGCUGGUGCUGCUGGUGACAUUGCUUGUGGCAGUGAUGGCAUAGCACGUGCGUGUGAGCCAUGUCGGAUGCUGCUGGCGAGGGAAGUGCGGCGUGAGCAUGGGGAUGAGCGCCAGAGGGGGCACGGGGGUGAUUGGGCGCACCCAAGGGAAUGUUCCACUGGGGCGCUGGAUGGGUCAUUAGGGACGGCAGCAGCGAUGGCGCAGGGAGCAGACUCUGCUCAUGGAGCUGUGGAGGCAGCACGUGCGGCCGGAAGGGCUGAGGGUGGCACGUGCGCGGUUGGGGAGGGCGGAGGCCUGCAGCAGAGGCGGGCAGAGGGCGGGGUGCAGCAUGCGCACUGUGCGUGCUGGAGCGGCAGGAGCAAUGCGAGCAGGCAGGGCGAAGAGGGAAUUGGAGGAGGGCCAGACAGUGCAGAGGCGCAAGGAGAGGCAGGUGCAGAGGAAAGGCCAGAGGGGAGGAUGGGCGAGGGGAGCACACAAGUGAUGGCUCGUGCAGUGGGUGCGGUGGAAAGGGGUGGAGAGGUGCAGCAGGGUGGGAGAGAGGAUUGUGCAGUAGUGGAAAAGGAGAUGGGGGGGGACGAUGGGAGAGAGGGGGCGGAUGGUGAGGCAGACGGGCUAAGGGGAGGGUACAGGGCGCGAGAAAGAGAAGAGGAUGUGGGGGGAGGUGGGGCAGAAUCGGAGGAGGGGCGGGAUAAGGGAAAGGGGGAGGGAGCAGGGAGCGAUGGGGAGGAGGAGGAGGGCGGUGCAAGGGUGGGAGCAGGCAGGAAGGGCGGCACAGGAGGAAGAGCGGCGAGGGGCACAGUGCAUGCACGGAGGAGAGGCACGGCAGCAGCAGCAGCAGCAGCAGCACGCGCCCCUCCCCGCCAGCAUGCGCCCAGCAUCCGCUACGGCCGCCUGCUCUUCCCUGUCGACUCGUUCUUCGCCGUGGGGUCGCCCCUCGGCCUCUUCCUCGCUCUGCGCAACAUCCGCCUCGGCGACGGCGGCGAGAGUGCGGCCUACUGGGGCAUGGAGGGUGUGCAGGAGGAGAUGCCGGCGUGCCGCCAUCUGCUCAACAUCUUCCACCCGCACGACCCCGUCGCCUACAGAUUGGAGCCACUGGUGUCGCCCCAGCUAGCCCAGGUGCCUCCGGUGCUCAUUCCGUACCACAGAGGCCACUACCGCCUGCACAUCGCUGCCAAGCGCUUCUUCCAGCAGAUGAGGGCCGGCCUGCUGUGGUUGCAGCAUGCACUCGUCUCGAAACUCAAAUACGCGCUGAGCACUGCUUGGAGUCUACUCUGCUUCUCCCCUCCACCUCCUCGACCCCUCCCGGCCCCUGACAGCAGCGCGCUGCCUGUCUUGGACGAGCGCUCGCAGCGCACGCUCACGCGCCUCACAGGCUCGCCACACGGCCGCAUCGACUUCAUGCUGCAGGAUCCCUCCUUCCAGCACCAGUACAUUCAAGCCAUGAGCUGCCACUUCGACGCGUGGAUGGACAGCGACAUCGCGCUGCUCGUCAUCCGCCACCUCUACCACCACGUGCCUCGCCAGCCCCCUCCCAUCCGCAACGCCCCUCCCUUCCAACCCCUCUCCACCCCGCCCUCCCCCGCCCUCUCGCCCCUUCCUGCCAGCCCUCCCACUGACCCCUCCUUCAUCCCCCCCACCAUCUGCUCCUCCCCCCUCCCUGUCUUCUCCUCUCUCUUGGCUGCCCACUCUCCCCUCUCCACCCCUCGCUGCCUCUCUGCUGACUUCUCCUCCCUCUCCUCCUCCUCCCUCCUCCCCCCCCACCCCUCCUCCUCGCCCCUUCCUCCUGCCCGGCCCUUCUCCCCUCUCUCUGCGCCCCCCACACCCCAUGGACUCCCACCGGCAUCGUACACUGCAUCAGCACCACCUCCACCACCCGCCACUGCUGCUGCACCCGCCCCACCGCAUUCCACCGCUCCCACCACAUGUGCCCCCCUCUCGCGCCCGCCCUCCUUGAGGCAGCUGCGCGGGCACCAGCGCAGCAGCAGCAGCAGCAGCCUGCUGGGGCACCUGUGUGACGCCGUGAGCCCUCUCGAGCACUCCGCUGCUGCUGCUGCUGCUCACAGGCGCACAGGGCAGGUGGGACCUGGGGCAGGUGCUGCUGCUGGCAGCGCUGGUGGAGGUGCUGGUGGUGGUGUUUUGCAAAAUCACCUGAGAAGACAGGGGAAGGAGGGGAGUAUAACAGAGGGGAGAAGGGAAAGGAGUGGGGCAGGGAGUCAGGGAAGGGUGAGCAGGGUAGGAGCAGUGGGGAGGUGUGUGAAGCAAGCGCAGACACACAUUGAGGAGGAAGGUGAAGAGGCAGAGGGAGAGGACAAGGAAGAGGAGGAGGAAGACGAGGAGGUGGCGUUCACCUUUUCCAGUUGGCGGGCGGCUCAACUGCUGCGAGUGCAGCUGCUCCUGUGACGAUGGGGUAGUGCAGCACACUUGCUGUUCGGUGCAUUUUUUUUUAUGUGGUGUAUUGUGUCAAAAAGAAAUCUGGAAUGCAAGAGUACUCUGUCCACUCUGUUAGGGGGUACUACUGCAUAUUUGGCCAGAUGGUGGCUGCAGAUUGUGAGCAGUCUUCAACAGCAGCUGUGACAUAUACAACUACAUUUCUGAGCCCCAAGCUGCCUGAAGCAGUUAUGGAUGCAUGGCCCCAACACUACAUCGUAUGGAAAGUCCU